AUGUUUUUAUGUGUGUUAUUCUCUCACCUCGGUGAAGUUCCCGAGACAUUUAAAACCUUCUAUCAAAAAUUAAUUGGAGCUUUCCAAGACUGUCAAAACUUAAGUUGUUUUAAAAAGCCAAGUCGUCUUUUUGAAAUAAUGUUAGUAUAUGGUUUGAAAAAUAUUAAAGAAAAUUGUUUCGAUGGGUGUAUUUCAUUGAAUACAAUAGAAAUUCCAGACUCUGUGACUGAAAUUGGUUGGCAGGCCUUUGCCGAGUGUACACAACUCCAAAAAGUCGUGAUGUCAAAGUCACUCACCACGUUAAACAGAGAAAAUUUCAAAAUUAUUUUUCAAUGA